GAUCACCCAGUCCAUGUCAGGCGCCUGACUUCUCGCACUGCGAGUGUGGACACGGUUUCUUUUUCCUCUUCUCUCCCCUUGGGUAUUCCCGCCCACUUCACAGAUCAGACACCAGUAGCAGGAGCCCGCAAGUGUAACUGCUCGCAACCCUCAACUGAGGAUAACUUUUUUUGUUUUUUUUUAAAGAAAGCGGAAAAGGAAGAACAGAAAUAAAAGUUGUUUUGUUUUUAUUUUGUGGAAACCUGGCUUACCAUCGCCUCCACUCCUCCAUGGCGCGGCCGUGCUGAGGCGGCACUCAGCGUGUGGAGGGAGGGACGGCCGGCCGCACAGUGGCUCGGUGGCGGUGUGGUCUCCUCAGUUAACCGGGAACGGGGGAGGGGAGGGGUGGGGGGAGGUGGUGGUGUGCUGCCAGGGACGUCUGCUUGGGCUCCGUGAUGGCGGGGUGCUGCCUGUCCGAGGAGGACAAGGAGUCUCAGCGGAUAAACGCCGAAAUCGAGAGGCAGCUGCGGAGGGACAAGAAGGACGCUCGAAGGGAACUCAAGCUACUGCUGCUGGGCACCGGUGAAAGUGGCAAGAGCACCUUCAUUAAGCAGAUGAGAAUCAUCCAUGGAGAUGGCUACUCGGAUGAAGACAGGAGAAAUUUCACAAAGCUUGUAUUUCAGAACAUAUUUACUGCAAUGCAAGCCAUGAUCAGAGCCAUGGACACACUCCGGGUGCAGUACAAGAUUGAGAAAAACAUGGAUAAUGCAAAUAUGAUCAGAGAAGUAGAGGUGGAUAAGGUAAUCUCUUUUGAGAAAGAAUAUGUUGAAGCAAUAAAGAAAUUAUGGAAUGAUCCUGGGAUCCAGGAAUGCUAUGACAGACGGCGAGAAUAUCAGUUAUCAGAUUCUGCCAAAUACUAUCUUAGUGAUGUAGAUCGGAUUAGUUCGCCAUUGUAUAUACCAACUCAACAAGAUAUACUGCGGGUCAGAGUACCAACCACUGGAAUCAUCGAAUAUCCUUUUGAUUUGGAGAACAUAAUCUUCAGGAUGGUAGAUGUUGGCGGUCAGAGGUCAGAACGAAGGAAGUGGAUUCACUGUUUUGAGAAUGUCACCUCAAUCAUUUUCUUAGUUGCACUUAGUGAAUAUGAUCAGGUCUUGGCUGAAUGUGAUAAUGAGAACCGAAUGGAGGAAAGUAAAGCAUUAUUUAAGACGAUUAUCACCUAUCCCUGGUUUCAUAGUUCUUCAGUCAUUCUCUUCUUAAACAAGAAGGAUCUCCUGGAAGAAAAGAUCAUGUAUUCUCAUCUAGUUGAUUAUUUCCCAGAAUAUAAUGGUCCUCAACAAGAUGCCAAAGCUGCACGAGAUUUCAUUUUGAAGACCUAUCAGAAUCAGAAUCCAGACAAAGAAAAGGUCAUCUACUCUCACUUCACAUGUGCCACGGAUACAGAGAAUAUACGGUUUGUCUUUGCUGCUGUCAAGGACACUAUCCUACAAUUAAACCUGAAGGAAUUUAACCUGGUCUAGAGGACAUACAACCCAUUUUUCAUCAUUUAAUACUUUUUUAAUGCUCUCUUUUUACUUGCAAGUUUAAAGUUAUAUUAGGUACCUGUAAACUUACCAAUUUACCAGUUGUACAGAGAACUUGGUGAUAUUGGUACAGAUAUUUCAUUUCAGACUCAGUAUCAGUUCUAUUCAAAAUUAUUCCUUCAAAUAGUUAAGAGUUCUUCUAUUUGCAAAAACAAAUUGUGCUGGCAGUGUUUGGCACAUUUCUGAAAAAGAGUCAAAUGAAGACCUUUAAUAGCUUUCAUGGUUUAAAACAAUCAUGGGGAUCACUUUGAAAGAAACAAAUACAUUUUUUUCCAAAGGUGAUUGUUUCCCGGUUCUUCUAAAUAGUGAAAACACACUCAUCUUUAGUUUUAUGUAUGGCACUCUAACGAAAAUACCUUGUGGGGUUUCUGGAGUCCAGAGGUUUACUGAAUGCAGCUAAUUACCUAAAAACUACCAGAAUUUUUUUUUGUAUAUUACUUGCAUUAUUUAGGUUAUAUUUAGUACAUGGAGCAAUUUUAAUUACCUGUUUAAAGAGAACUCUAAACGAUUGCUGUACAAAACAAGUUCUUUGAUGUUUCUUCAACAUUUUAAAAUACGUUAUCCAAUCAUUCCAUGUUGGAGUCAGUGAUUAAACCACAGAUGCCUUCAGCAUUUAAAAUGUUAGCAUAAAUUAUUGCUGUCAUUAAAGGCAGUGUGCAGUGAACAUGUGAAAUACAAAAUUUAACACCUUAGACAAAAUUGUGUGAUUUUAAUAUAAUUCAUUAGCAAAGAAUGGCUGAAAUGAUUCUUACCGGAAUAGUUUGUAAUGCUUAUCCUCAAACCAGUGAAAGGUUUAUUUGAUGAAAUGAAAUAUUGGAGGUUAGCUUGCAGAUUCCAAAGCCGUGUUUUUUCUAAACAGUGUAGUAUGUACCUUAAUAUUACUAUAGUUGCAAUAAAUGGAAGAAACAAGGUUUGACAGGACUUUUUUUCUACCAGCAACUGAAAGGAAUUACACAUUGGUACAUCAGUGCUUUCAAGCCACUGUAAAUAUGUAUCCUAUAUAUAGCAUUUUUUUCUAGCUCUGAAAAUUGUUUAUCAUGGUUAAAUUGGAAUAUUUUUCAAAAAGAUAACUAUCAGCAAUUUUAGAUGUACAGAUUUUUCCCCACAAUUUAGCAGUGCUAGAUUUAAAAAAAAUCAUACUGUUUUUGAAGUUCUAAGCAAUAAUGAUUUGUAAUGCACAAUUCUGCCAUUAAUCUCAUUUUGACUUUUAUAAUUCUGUUCACUGCUGUUUUACAUAAGAGGCAUUUUAGAGCUCAUUGUAAUUUUUCCAGUUUAACACUGUCUUGUAUCUAUUUUUGUUGGAUAUUUACAAUUUAUGCAACAUGUAGUUUUUGAAUGUUGUUAAGUUGCCAUUGAUUUUGAAUAUCAGAUGUAUAUAAAUCUGUGCUUCACCAUAUCAUUCCAUGAAACUUAGUAGGCAUAAUGCAUCUAAUUGAAGUCUGUCUGCAGUGUUAGAUCUUUCGUUAAUGCUUUUUAUUACACCAUAAUUAUUAUUUAAUGAAUUACAUAUCAAGUUGCAUUACCUGGUAGGCCUAAUGUAGUCUAAUUUCGAACUAAUCAAGUUUGUAUGACCAGCUAGGUCUGAUUGCUCAACUGAUAUUGGGAGACAACUUUCAGGGAGUCCAGAAAGAGAGGAAAUGAGCUUCUCCAGUACAGCGGAUGCAUUGUUUCUUGCAGUUGUGGUCCACCUUGCUUUAGGUUACUCAUACCUUGGGAUUCUAGAGGUACAAGUAAUCUAGCUGCCCACGUUCAAAUUUGUGAAGUAGACUAAACAAGGGGCUGUUGGCCUUAUUGAAAUAUUUAAAUUGCCAAUAUGCCUCCCAAGAUGAGAUUGGCCACAUGCUCCUUCUAUUUCUGUACAGCUUGAGAAUGACAGUUGGAGGAGGAGGAAUUUUGAUCAAAAUAAAGAUGCUUACAUUCUAUCCCCACCACCCCCCCCCCCCCCCCCCCCCCACCUCCCCUGGGCUCUUAAACUACCAGUUUUGGCACAGUCAAGUUUCUGUUCAAGUAAUAGCUUUGUCAGCUGUGCAAAUGAAAGCUUCCGGUUCAUGUGCUACUGCCAGUGUAAAAACUGAACUGAGUCAAGGUCAGUUCUGGAAUCCCUGAUUUCAAAAUUUCUCAGUUUAACUUACUUUCCAAUAAACAGAGAAAUAUGAUUAGAUUUGAAGAUUUGGGAAGCCAGGGAAAGAGAGAUGUUAUGUUAUAUUGAUGUAAAUAACCAAUUUAUUCACAUUUUCGUAUGGAUGGUGAAAUUGCAUUCUUUUUCUGAAAUGUAUUUUAUUACAUGUGAAAGGUAAUGGUUGAGUUAUUUAUGAUUCUGCUAGGAUCCUUGUGUUUAGAAUAAAAAAUGUUUUCACUG